GUGUUUGGAAACUGAUUUUGGAAGAGAUUGAAGUAAUUCGGAUUUUUGGUCGAGAAAUUAUUCUUGUUUUGGAAACUUGGAGAAUGUAGUAUCUCGGAAGUGAUUACACAGGAUUAGGAAAAAUUUGAUUUUGACGUUAAUAAUAAGCGGCGUGGAACCUGCAGUGUGAUGAUGAUUCUAGCUUUACAUUUGGGAUAAAAGAACGAGUAGUAUCCAUUCAAAGUGAACAAGCUUGAUAAUCAAUAAAAAUGGCAGAUAAUAAUGAAAGAUGCUUAAACAUCAUAGAAAGAAUAUUUUCUAACUGGACAGCGCUAAGAAUGGCUGUAGAGCAUGGCAUGGGAAGUACUGAACAGGCCCGUAACUUUUGUGAAUAUGUGGCAGAAAUAUUAAGAAUAAACGAGAAGCUAGAUCAGUUGGACCUUGCUGCAGAACUAGAAGAUUACAUGGAUGCUGAAUUUCAUACGCAAUUAGAAGACGACAGUGAGAAGCAAGUGGCAGAAGAAAUUCAUCGACUCCAUUAUUUACUUUUAAACGAUGUUGAAAAAUUGGACAGUGAAAUUUUAAAGUUACCUGAAGUUAAACCGUGGAUUGUUAAAAAGACUGAAACAGUUCGCAAAGUAUUAGAUGAAGCAGAAGGUAAUGACGAUGAAGAUGAUGAAGGUACUAAUGUACCAAGAAAUAAAAUGGAAGUAGAUGACGAUGGUUUUGCGUUAGUUACCAGGAAGAGAAGAUAGGAAUAUAGAACUGUAAAUAUUUCUAAUUUGUAACUCUUUCAGACUAGCACACUUAAAUAAUAAUGGUAGAUCAAUCAUGCACAGUGCGAGUAGUAAAUUUAUUGUUAUUCUGAACGAGUUAAAAUAUAAUAACUAUGAUCACUAUGUGCUCCACAAUAUUUGUCAUACCUAAAAGAAUUCUAUGAUAGACGUAUCAUUGGUCAUUAUGUAAAAACUCGUAUUAGAGUUUUGACACCGCUUGUUGCUGGACAAUUAUAAUAUAUAAGUUGCUCAA